AUGUAUUACUUAGACGUUUCUCUAACACUGCCACAACAUAACCCUGACUUUAUAAUAUCUGCAGUCUAUCUAAAGAAGAAUAUUCUGCAAUCUGUAAGACAUUUAUUUGGCGAGGAAGGAACAAAGUACACCAUUGACAUCUUGAAGUAUAAUCCAGAGGAACGUAGAUUUAUUCUGCGUUGUACAGAUGAUUGUUAUGUACGCUUAAGGGCAGCCCUAACUGUUGCUGGAAAAUACGAAGGGGAACCUUGCAGUUAUCUUGUGCACCGUGCUACAGCAAAUUUACUAUCUUUUAGUGCAGAUAGUAGGAAUUAUCAACAUUAAAAUAUAGAGAGU